UCUCCCGCCAUCUCUCGUGUGUAUUUGUUGUCCCAGAGCUAAAAUGGCGCUGAAGGCAGACAAGGAUGCCUUCUACAGGCGAACCAAGAGGAUUUAUACAUCUUGGAUGAAAGCAAGUGGUGAAGAUGUUCUUGCCAAAAUGGAUGCUUUGGUUACUGCUGUUGGCGUGGAUGAGGAGGUUGUUUAUUCUAAGUCAACAUCCAUGCAGACCUGGUUGUUUGGAUAUGAACUCACAGACACCAUCAUUGUGUUGUGUUCCGAAGCGAUCUACAUUCUCGCUAGCAAGAAGAAGAUUGACUUCCUUAAGCAGCUAGAUAGCGGAAAAGAAAAUGAUGAGGGUGUUCCUCCGUUGAAGUUAUUCACACGAGACAAGGGUGACAAGGACAAGUCAAACUUUGGCAAAAUGGUUGAGGCCAUCAAGAAGAGUCGCAAAGGCAAGACAGUCGGUGUUUUUAGCAAGGACAAGUUUCCAGGUGAUUUCAUGGAUGGAUGGAGGGGUGCAAUCAAGGACUUUGAAAAGGUUGAUGUGAGUGCAUCUCUUGCUUACAUCAUGGCACCAAAAGAGGAAUCAGAACAGAAGACAAUGCAGCGAGCGUGUCAGGUGACCUGUGAUAUAUUCAACAAAUAUCUCAAAGAACAAGUCAUGGAAAUCAUUGAUGCUGAGAAGAAAGUGAAACACUCGAAGUUGGCUGAUGGUGUGGAGCAGGCACUGCAGAACAAGAAAUACGUAACUGGAGUUGAUACCACCCAGCUAGACAUGUGCUAUCCGGCUAUUAUACAGAGUGGAGGCAAAUACAGCUUGAAGUUCAGCACUGUCAGUGAUGACCGACCUCUUCACUUUGGUGCCAUCGUCUGUUGUUUGGGUGCGAGGUACAAGUCUUACUGCUCCAACAUCGUCCGCACUCUGCUGGUUGACCCGCCAGAUGACGUACAGAAGAACUACGACUUUCUGCUCAAAGUAGAAGAAGAUAUGAUGAAGAAGCUACAACAUGGUGUUAAGCUGAGUGAGGUGUACGACUGUGCCAUCAAGCUAGUAAAGAGCGAGCGACCGGAGUUGCUGGAGAAGAUGACUAAGAGUUUUGGUUUCGCUAUGGGCGUGGAGUUCCGAGAGGGCUCUCUGCUUAUCUCGGGAAAAACUAACGUGCCAGCAAAAAAAGGGAUGAUCUUCAACCUGAAUGUUGGAUUUUCUGAUCUGGAAAACAAAGCGGCCAAGGAUCCUUCGGGAAAGAAAUAUGCUUUGUUUAUCGGAGACACAGUGCUGGUGAAUGAUGGAAAUCAGGCCACUCUUAUGACGAACACUAAAAAACGUAUCAAACACAUCGGAAUCUUCCUCAAGGAUGAGGAUGAAGAAGAUGAGGAGGAGGAGGAGGAGGAAACGAAGGAGGAAGUUCUCGGUCGUGGCGCGAGACGAGCGCAGAUGUUAGAUUCACGGACGCGGACUGAGGCUUCUGCUGAAGAAAAGAGAUCUGUCCACCAGCGAGAGUUGGCCCAUCGGAUCAACGAGGAAGCAAGGGAACGACUCAAAGGUCAAAAGUCCGACACAGGAGACAAAAAAAUUCGCAAAUCCAACGUGUCAUAUAGAGGCCCCACACAUUUCCCACAGGAGUCAGAAGUUCGAGAGUUGAAAAUAUUUGUAGAUAGAAAAUAUGAGACCGUGAUAUUGCCUAUAUUUGGUGCCCCCACACCAUUUCACAUCUCAACCGUAAAGAACAUCAGUCAGUCGGUGGAGGGAGACUACACAUAUCUGCGUGUUAACUUCUUUCAUCCUGGCUCUACACUUGGCAAAGAAACGACAAUAUUCUCAAAUCCAGAUGCAACCUUUAUGAAAGAAAUAACAUACCGAAGUUCUAACACCAAGGAGCCGGGUGAGAUCUCUGCACCGUCAUCCAACUUAAACACAGCUUUCCGUCUCAUCAAGGAGGUUCAGAAGAAAUUCAGAACACGAGAGGCAGAGGAGCGUGAGAAAGAGGGUAUUGUUAAACAAGAUACACUGAUAGUGACCCCAAACCGAGGAAACCCAAAGCUCAAAGAUCUGUACAUCCGACCAAACAUCGUCUCCAAGAGAAUAUCGGGAGCACUGGAAGCACACACAAAUGGAUUUCGGUUUACAUCUGUGAGGGGUGACAAAGUUGACAUUUUGUAUAAUAACAUCAAACACGCAUUUUUCCAACCCUGUGACGGAGAAAUGAUAAUUUUGGUCCACUUCCACCUCAAGUAUGCGAUUCUGUUUGGCAAGAAGAAGCACAUUGAUGUUCAGUUCUACACAGAGGUGGGAGAGAUCACCACCGACCUAGGCAAACACCAGCACCUGCACGACCGCGACGACCUGCACGCGGAACAGGCUGAAAGAGAGUUAAGACAACGUUUAAAAUCGGCGUUCAAGAGUUUUACGGAAAAAGUUGAAAGUUUGACGAAACAGGAAGUGGAAUUUGACACACCUUUUAGAGAACUUGGUUUCCAUGGAGCUCCAUUUAGAAGUACAGUUCUGCUUCAGCCCACAAGUGGUUGUUUGGUCAAUCUCACAGAAUGGCCUCCAUUUGUGGUCGCACUAGAAGAUGUUCAGUUGGUUCACUUUGAGCGCGUGCAGUUCCAGCUGAAGAACUUCGACAUGGUGUUUGUCUUCAAGGACUACUCGCGCAAGACGGUGAUGAUCAACUCCAUACCCAUGCACAUGCUGGACCAUGUCAAAGAGUGGCUCAACUCGUGUGAUAUCCGAUACACAGAGGGAGUUCAGAGCUUGAACUGGGGCAAAAUUAUGAAAACCAUCAUCGAUGAUCCAGAGGGAUUCUUUGACAAUGGAGGAUGGAGUUUUCUUGGACCAGACAGUGAUGAGGAUGAUCAGGACGAGGAUGACUCUGAACAGGACGAUCAGUACCAGCCAUCGGAUGUGGGCUCGGGCGAGGAGGGCACCAGCAGCGAGGACUCUUACAGCGAGGAGAGCAACUGGGAGGACGAGGACGACGACGAGUCAGCUGAAGAUGAAGACCUUGGAUCUAGUGAGGAAAGUGGUAAAGACUGGGAUGAGUUGGAAGAAGAAGCCAGGAAAGCGGAUCUUGAAAAAGAUGUGUACCCAAUCCCAGAAGAAACCCACAAGAAGAGAAAGCAUUCGGGCGACCAUCAUCACAGCAAGGAAAAAAAGAAAAGAAGAAAAUGAAGACUUUCUGCAAUCGAGAUCAGAUCAGAGAUAUUAUCGGAGAUUUCUUUACCGUGACGUGAUAACAAGAAUGACAGACUGACUUUAAAGAUGUGUCGGUGUUGUAUAGUGUAUAACUCACUGAUGUGGCCGACGACAAUUGUAGAUCGGUGAUAAGUAUUGAAGAUUUCUUUACUCCGAUGUGAUAACAAGAAUGACAGACCGACUUUAAACAUGUGUCGAUGUUGUAGCACCUUGUAAUAACCAACAGUUUAUAAAGGGAAGAUGAGAGGUGUGCCUACUGGUUGUCACGGCUUUGGUACAACCAAACAUCCCCACCUCAAAAUGACUGAACAGUUAUGUUUUAAUAACUUUAAAUGCAUUUCUAAAGAUCCACAACUUUUCAGCAGCUGUUAAUAACAUUACUGUGCUAAAAAGACCUCCCAAUGUUGAGACCGACAAAAAUCAUGUUCUGCCCAAAUUGGUUCAGGUACAAACCAAACAUACCAGUUUUGCAUAUGAAGAGUUUCAUCGCAAAACGUGAUAAAUGCCAUAUUAAAAACCAUUGUUCAGACACCGUUCACAUGUAGACAAACAAACAAAAGUUCAAAUUCAGUUUGUCUGAGGAUAUAUCGCAGAUUGAAGAGAAACUGGCGUAGUGUUUAUGGUGGUUUUGAAUAAAAUGUUUUUAGGA